CCCAGCCCCUGGCCCGGCGCUCCUAUAAAGGGGCCGCGGCCCGGCCGCCUCUCAGCCCCCGCCUCGGCGCGCCCACCAUGGCCAUGCGGGCCCUGCUGCUGCUGCUGCUGCUGUUACUCGGAGGCUGCACGGCGCGCCCCGCGCCCCCCAGGGCCCCGCGACACUCGGACGGGACGUUCACGAGCGAGCUCAGCCGCCUGCGUGAGAGCGCGCAGCUGCAGCGGCUUCUGCAGGGCCUGGUAGGGAAGCGCAGCGAGCAGGACACAGAGAGCAGCACCACCUGGACCAAGUCCUCUGAGAGCCACCUCUGCCUGCUGUGGGUGGACAGGCCCUCCCUGCAGGCCUGGAUGUCCCUGAGGGCCCCAGUGGACCAGGUCUGGUCUCCCCAGCUGCUUCCUGGACUGAGGGCUGGGGUCAUGAUGUCAGAGCCGGCCAUCCCCGCUGCUGAGGGACCUAGAUGAGGCCCUGAGGAAGAUGGAUCCUCCCCUCCAUGGACAAGGGGAGCCUGGACCGGGAGGGAGUCGGGGGAGGAGGUUGUGGAAGGGCUGCACGUGGCACCAAUAAAGGAGGAAUGCAGACCCUGGCCUGGAAGUCCGCUCUGUGUGCCAUCUGGGUGCCAUGGAGAAAGCCACUGCAGGGCAGGGCUGUUGGCAGGAAGCAGGGACCAUCCACUGGAUUCUAGGGCUGUGCCCACACCCAGCUGCCCUUUAACCCUGGGAAGCCAGUGGGGAGUCUCACCUUCCAGCUUCUUUAACUCCCUGGGCGUCCUCGGGGCGCCCUGUCAUCCACUCAGCAAACAUUCAGGGGCUGGGGGGCUCAGACAUCCCCAGCUGCUGUCCCGGGGCCGCGUGGUUAUGAUGUGGGGAGGUAGGCGCCCCCAGGGAAAGGACCUGAGCAGGAAUCCUGGCUGCAGGAAUCCUGGCUGCAGGUCUGGGCCACGUGGUCUCGGAAGAGCGGCUUGACUCCCCCCACCAGGAGUCUGUGGAGCAGGGGCGGGGAUGAGGCCCCAAGAGGUGCUGGGAUGAGGCCCCAAGAGGUGCUGGAGCUCCUGGAGCCCUUGCAGGACCACUGGCACAGGCAGGGCUGCGCGGUCACCAGCAGACACCAGGGGUGUCGGGGACAGUGUUUUCAGGCCCUGCGCUGCAGUGGGAGGUGGGAAGGCGGAGGACUCCACCCCUCAUCACAGCAGCCCCUUCCCUCCCUCCCAACCCCGCCUAGCAGCCUCUGCCAGAUAACGGGCUUGGGGGCCGAGGAAAGACGGAGGAAGGGUGGUUGGGGGCCUGGGCCAAGGACCCUUGCCAGGACCCCUCUCUGUUGGGACCCAGGGCCCCCCAGGACCUCCCAGCCCCCUAAAGCCCUGCCAUCUCCAUCACCUUGCCUGCCUGGCCCACCUGGCUGAGGCCAGCUGGUUACUGGGACAGGCAGGGAGUCCUGAGGACACAAAUGGCUUUUCCCUUCCAGACCUGGAGGGUUGGCUCAGGGAGAGGAGGUGGGCCUGGAGGGGGCACUUCUGGUCUGACCCUCACUGGCUGCCUUGGGAGCUGUGCCCACUGUGAUU